AUGACUGAUUUAGAUUCCGAGUCAAUUAUUCCCAGGAAAAAAAGAAGAAUCACUAGGGAAGUGGAAAACUUGUUAAAUAUAAUUUUGGAUCAUGAUACCAAAAAUGCAGAUGAAAAUACCGACAAUGAUUCUCAGCUGUGUUCUGAUAAUGAUCAGGAUAUUGCUGGCAAAAUCAAAAGUAUCAAGCUUCAAAACUUCAUGUGUCAUAGUAAUUUUGAAUUUACCUUUGAAGAUAAAGUAAAUUUUAUCAGUGGAAAGAAUGGAAGCGGUAAAAGUGCUAUACUAACAGCUCUUGUCAUAGGUCUUGGUGGAAGGACUGCUGAUACGAAUCGAGGACAUUCUUUGAAGAAUUUAAUUCAGAAUGGAAAGCACAAAGCUACUAUUGAAAUUACUCUAAGUAAUAAAGGUUUCUCUUCCUUUAAAAAGAAUAUUUAUGGUAAUGUUAUCAAAGUUGUUAGACAUAUCACUCCAUCCUCUUCAGGAUACAAAAUUAUCUCUGAAAGAGGUGAAGUCAUAUCUACUAAAAGAGAAGAUAUUGAGCUUAUCAAUCUAUACUUUAAUAUACAAGUGAAUAAUCCAGUUACCGUUUUAAAUCAAGACACCGCAAGAACUUUUAUUAAGAGUGCUACUCCAAAAGAUCUUUAUGCAAUUUUUGUAAAAGGUACUCAUCUUGAAGAAAUUGAACAGAGGCACUUAUCUUUGAGGAAUGAGAAACUGCCAUUUCUUGAGGAUAUUAUUUCCAAAAAAAAUAAUGAACUUAUUGAAGAUUUCAAAGAUGUCAAGGAAUAUAAGGAAAAGUUGAAGAAGAUGGAUGAACUACACAAAAUUGAAUUGAAAGCAAAAACGUUACAAGAUGAAUUAUAUUGGGCUUAUGUAUUGAAAUUUGAAAAGAAGUUAGAAGCUCAAAAAGUAAUUGAAGUGGAUUGUCUUAAGCAACUUCCGCUAAUAAAAGAAAAAGUUCAAAAAAGGGAUAAAAUUGAAAACGAUUUGGCUGAAAAACAAAGGGCUUCAGAGUUAUUGUUAAAUGAAACUAAAGAGAAGAAACGUAUUAUUGAAAAUAAAAUCAUAGAAGUUGAAGGAUCAUUGAACAGCAUGAAGGAUCAAAUUGGGAAAAAAGUCAGUGAAAUUAAACACAUCAAUAAAAAACUUAUUUCAGAAUCAAAAAGUUGUGAUGAAAUCAAAACUGAAAUUGAUAACCAUAAAAGCCGUUAUGAAGAAGUAGAAGCCAAAAAGAGAAACCUAGAAGCACAAAGAAUGGAACUUGAAAAUAGGCUAAGUGAAUUGAAAGCCGUCAUGUCAACAACUGUCGUGCACAAACAGCAACUAAGUGAUACUGUCGAAAAGGCAUCUAGUACCGUUGUUCAAAAAGAACAAUUUUACAAAAAUUUAGGCCAAAAACUAAAGUACAAAGAAGAAUACUUAAAAGGGUUAAAGGUUGAAAAAAAUCAACUUAUAGUUUAUUCUAAAUGGAUGCCAGAACUAGUCGCUAGUAUUGAAAGAGCUCAUCAGAAUGGGCAGUUCAAGCAGAAGCCUCUCGGACCAAUAGGAGCCUACAUUAAAGUAAAAGAGAAAAGUUGGGGACCAGCAAUCGAAAGUAUCAUUGGUCAGAGAGUGCUUUCCUCCUUUUGUGUUGACAAUAAAGAUGAUUUCAAAGUUGUCAAGUCAAUAAUGGAUAGGCUCCAAAUCCCAGCUAAACAGAAACCAUCAAUUUCAAUCAGCAAGUUUUUCAAUAAGGUUCAUGAUGUAUCAAAUUUCGAAACUGGAUUUGAUAAUUAUAAUAAUUUAUUGAAGAGUAUAUCUGUCUCGCACCCUGUUAUAGCUAAUUCUCUCAUUGAUCAACUGGAGCCUGAAACAGUUCUGCUGAUACCAACGAGUGAUGAAGCUUAUCGACUUAUGGAGGACCAAGCACACGUGCCACAUUACUGCAAGCGGGCUAUCACUAAGAAAGGUGACCUUUUCUUCCCUGCUCCAAAUUAUCGUUCAUAUAGCGGUAGUGUUGCUGAAACCACUAAGUACCUUCAAGUUAGUCCUGCACAGGCUAUUAAAUUAACAGAAACAGAAAUCCACUCCAUUAAACAAGAACUUAUUGAAGUUAGAAAUGGAUUAGAAGGUGCUAAACAAAAUUUUUCUCACGCUAAGCAACAGCUAGAAGAAUCACAAGCUGAGGCUUCAAAACUGAAUCGACAGAUAGCUAAUUGUGAAAAUAGACUGGAUGAACUUCGAAAAAUGGAUAUCCCAGAAAGUUUUGAUGUCAAUCUCCUAAAAGAAGAUUUAGUAUACAGGCAAAACACUAUUAAAACUUGUGAAGGAAAUUUAAAGGCAUUAGAAGCAGAUAAGGAAAAUUUGAUAGCAAAAUACAAAGAAAUUAAACAGAACAUUGAAGAAUUGCAGCGAGAGAAAGAGGAGAGAUUCAAUGAGAUAAAAAACUUAGAAGAAGAAAUAAAAGAAAUCAAGAAUGAAUAUUGCCAAAUUACAGCGAAUAGAGACCAUUAUAAAAAUAUAUUAAAAAAUGAAGAAUCCAAGUUGGAAAGUGUCCGAAAAGUAUUAAAAGAGUUAGAAAAGGAAUAUUCGAAAGCAGAAAGUGAAGCAAAAGAAGCUAAUCCAGAACCACUUACUGAGACAAGAGAUAUUGAAUUCUUAGAAGGAGAACUUGCUAAAUUGAAUGGCGUAAUGAAAUCAAUGGAGAAAAUUAUUGGAAGUACCGAGGACAUACCAGCUGCUUAUGAAGAAAGACUGAAACUGUUUAGUAAUAGUAUUGCAGAAUUAAAUCAGAUCGAAGAAGUGAAGCAGAAGUUAUUCAGUAGUGUAAGUAUAUUAAUUGAUACUUACCAAAGAAUAAAAGAAUUAGUUUCUGCCAAUACAAAACAUUCCUUUCAUAGAAUGUUACAGAAAAAAAAUUAUAAGGGAGAUUUAAUCAUCGAUCAUAGUAAAAAAACACUGAGCGUAAAAAUCAAGGUUGAUUCAGCAGCUAAAGAUGGUUCGACAACAACCCUGUCUGGAGGAGAGAGAUCAUAUUCAAUGGUUUCUUUUAUCAUGUCUUUAUGGAGCAACAUGUAUUCGCCCUUCUUUUUUUUAGAUGAAUUUGAUGUUUUUAUGGAUGAAAUAAAUAGGAACAUGAUAUUAAAUAUGCUUGUUAACUAUGCUAAAAGUAAAUCUGAUCAGCAAUUUGUUUUCCUUACACCCCAUGGCAAUCUAUCCCAUGAUCUCUUAAAAGAUGUAUAUUUUUUCAGAAUGGAAGAUCCAAGAAAACAUAUCAUUUCUAAUGGUUGA